AUGAAUCGGGUGAAACGUAAACUAUAUCGUGAUGCAACGUCCAAACGAGUACGAUCUGAAAAGAACACCGCUGUUGAAUAUUUGUCUAACGAACUCUUUCUUGAAAUCUUCGACUAUCUUGAUGCAUAUCAUAUAUGGAAAGCAUUUACGAAUCUGAACAAACGCUUCCAAGAUCUGCUUUCAUCAUCAUCCCUUCGCCUCAAAGUGAUUAUGAAGUCUAAUGAUCAAUCACCCGGUUGUGAUGACCAGGUGAAUUGCAUUGUUCAACAUAAGCAUCAAUUGGCGUCACUUUCUCUGUACGAUUCUACAUUUAUCGAUCAGUUUUUUCAAACAAUCACAUGUGGUUCUUUUUUUCAACGUUUGGAGUCGGUCGUACUAGAAAACUUAAAACCACGUGACCUUCUUCCAAUCCUCCUAAAACUAAUUCGAGUUCCCCGACUCAGUUUACUAAUGCUCACCGUCUGCAAUGGCAACGCUAUUCCUGAUUUCAGUAACGCAUAUCGACUCAUUCUCGGUUUACCGAUGAUACAAUACAUUAAGCUUCGUUACCUUGGACCAACACCACUACUUCUUCUGAGAAACAUUAGUGAUCAAUAUAGUACUCUGAAACGAUUGAACUUAGAUCAUACAUGCCAAUCUGCGGACCUGGUCUAUUUAUUGUCUUAUACACCCUGCCUUUCUCAUCUACGUUGUCGCACGUUAAAACCAUCUCAACAAAUGAAUGAAAAACUAGCAGUCUCAGUACCUUAUUUAACCUACUUAUUCCUAGAAGAAUGUGAUUUGCAUUUUUAUGAACUCGAAAUAUUUAUCAAGAAGCUCGCAUCACAAUUACGAACUUUUCGCAUUUUAAGACUAAAAGAUACUACUUAUCUUGAUCAUGAGCGAUGGGAACGCUUGAUAACAACACAUAUGCCCUAUUUGAGCCAUCUUCGUCUCGGAAUUCAUCAAUUAAUGGUUGACAGUUUGGAAAUAACACCAUAUCACCACCGCAUUCAAAGAUUUACUUCACAAUUCUGGGCUGAACAUCGAUGGAUUUUCGACAUUCGAGUUGUUACCUAUAACUCCUCUCAAGUAAUAAUCUCAUAUCUCAUUGAAUCAGACAAGACACAAAGAAAGUCUACUCCUGAUCGAAGUGAUUUGAGUACCACGUUAUUCCUGUUAGAGCAAUCUAGAUCAACGGAUUAUCACGCAGGACUUAUCGAUAAACUUGCGGUUCUAUUUACUCUUGUUCAAAUACAGCGGCUGGCUCUCCAAUAUCGUACAACUUUUGCUGGAAUAUUACUUGACUUUUUACGACAUUUGCCAAAUCUAAAAACACUACAGAUUCGAUCAUUAUCAUUGGAUGAGCCACGAUAUUUAAACGACGAAGAAAAGGAAAUCUAUCGGUCAAUAUCAACUAAUAAUCAAAUAAAAACACUGUAUAUCAAAGAAGUAACGGAGUUAGCACAAAUUCAAUUUCUGAUUGAUUUAUGCUCAUCAUUACGAUAUCUGAGUAUUGAUAAUUUGAGUAACUUGAGUAUGAAAUCAGUGCUCGAGCUUAUCUUAUUUAAAAACUACGAACGUGCAUCUCACUUGCGUGGAUUAGUUAUUAAUAUACGAGAACCUUGUCAGAGAACACUUAUGGAAGCACAAAAUACGGUUCACUCAGAUGAACGAUGUAACAAGUACUCAAUUUCACUAUAUGCUGGUAAAUACAUUCAUAUACAAAAGCGUAAUUGA